CUUGCUACCCCUGUGCAGAAGCACUAGUGUGAUCUGACUCUUCUUGGCCUUGGCAAGCUCCCAGCUCCCAGCUUCUGCUUGGUGCUGGUGCCUGUUCUGAAGCAGAGCAAGAUGGGCAGGGGAGCUCAACCAUCUGCGCCGCUCCUGCUCUUCUCCCUGGGGCUGGUGCUCCUCUACUUCACCGCAGGCAGCACCGUCCGUCUUGCGGAGGCACAGCAGAAGACGUGGUGCAUCGCGAAGCCGUCGGCGUCGAACGAGAUCCUGGCGCAGAACCUGGACUACGCGUGCUCCCAGGUGAGCUGCGCCGUGAUCCAGAAGGGCGGGCCGUGCUACUACCCGGACAGCCUCGUCUCCCGCGCCGCCGUCGCCAUGAACCUCUACUACGCCUACAGCGGCCGCCACGCCUGGAACUGCUACUUCAACAACUCCGCCCUCGUCGUCCAGUCCGACCCCAGUUACGGAUCCUGCACGUACUACUGAUGGUGAGUGCCGCCGGUUGUGGAGGGACGCCGUGCGAGCUGAACUACUGAGAGUGUGUCCCUGUUGCUCUUUGUUGAGGAACGGCAGCAGACGCAGAUUGCUACCUUGUCUUGUGUCCAGUAAGCUGUGAUGCAAAUGCAGUUGACCUCUGAAUAUUUUCGAACAGCUAGCUCAUUGAUAUCUUAACUCGAGGUUGUCGCCUCAAAAAUGAGUCGGUCGACUUGCCGUU